AUGAGGAGGCUUCUCGUGGUCACCAGCCUUUUGGCUGUGCUGUUGUGGGGGGCUGGUGCGGCCCCAGCACGCAAGUUCCUGUCAAGGUCCAAGUCGAACGCCAGCCCUCAGCAGGAUGCAGCAAAGGCCUGGGGUGCCCGUGUGGUGCAGCCAACAGAGAAGGACAACCAGCUAGUGGGGGUGCUCCCCGUCCAGAACCCGAAGCUCCUGACUGCUGAGGAGAAGCCACCAGGCACCAAGGUCUGGGUGAAGACCAAGGACAUCCUGGGCCAUGUCCUGAGCCCCCAGCAGGGUCCUGAGCCCAGCCUUGACAGCCUGUACCACCCUCCACCUAAGGAGGACCAGGGCAAGGAGGGGCCCUGGUUGUGGGUCAUGCCAAAUCACCAGGUGCUCCAGGGACCAGAGGAGGACCAAGACGUCCUCUACCACCCUGAGUAG